GUGCUAACGGCAACGGUGUGUGAUUUUUCAAACAAUUUACCUGCGCGAUCCUCGUUUGUAACGUGCGUGUGUGAAAACGAUACGUUGAAAACUUCUUGUGAACAUGAAUAGUUUCAUCUUGACCCAUCUCUUUGCGCUGUUCCUGCUCGUCAGCGGUCGACCUGAUGAUGAGUGGCAUUAUCCUACCCCGGGUUCGAAUGGCAUUAUCAGCGAGCCGGAAACGUGGGGCGGACAGUGUGACAAUGGUCGACGACAAUCCCCCAUUGAUCUGACACCGGAGGCCGCUGUACGAGGCGAAUUCGCGCCAUUCGUCUUCAGCAACUACAUGCUACCGAUCAAGCAGGCUCAGCUUGUCAACACCGGACAUUCGGUGCAGGUGAACAACCGCGACCCGUCAGUGAUGGUACAGGGUGGAGGACUAGGUGCUCGUUUCGUGCUCGAUCAGAUGCACUUCCACUGGGGCUCAGAACACACGAUCAGUGGCGUCAGAUAUGGUCUAGAGCUACAUCUGGUGCAUCAUGACUCGCGCUACCAAACACUGGAUGAAGCUGUUCAAGCCCGAAACGGAGUUGCUGUGCUUGGUGUCCUGUUCCACGUGGCCGCUCAGCCGAACAUGCACGUUGCGACUAUCCUCGAGACAGCGGCCGAUAUUCAAAAUGAGGCAGGGAUGACAGCACCACUGCGAGGUAAGCUUUCACCGUACAACCUGUUGCCGGUGAACAGGACUGCAUUCUUCCGCUACGAGGGCUCACUGACGACGCCGGCUUGUGCCGAAUCUGUCAUCUGGACGGUGUUCACCGACAGCGUUGGUGUGUCGCUGGAACAGGUGGAGCAGUUCAAAGUGAUCCACGACCAGAGUGGUCGGGAGCUGGUCAACAACUUCCGGUCGGUGCAGCCGCUUAACGCGCGUGCACUUGUAUAUGCCACCGAAUGGAACCAGAAGUCGGCCAAUGGUUCUGCAGGGUCGCUCCGACCUAUGAUGGUGGCGUUGCUGGUCACGAUGGCGGCCAUGUUGCUACGCUAACAGGGCACACGUGGCCCAGCACCACGUGCUUACACUCUGCAACAGAACAGGAUGCAUCACGCUAGUCUGCGUUCGCAAGGCCAUGCCCUGAGCUAUAAACACAUACUCAAUAGACGGGGGUUGCCUGAAAGGCAUUAGUAGCUCAACCAACAGGACUUGCAAUAGAGAAUCCCGAUCGAAACGGGUACGUUGCAUCAGCGAAGCAUUAUCGUUAACCUAGAAUAAGAAACCUGUGUACCGCGUUAAUGUUCUACGUGCAAUAAACUUAGUCAAAUUGCUGUAGGUUUAUUAAAAAGGAUUGCUACCGAGAUGAAACAUAUGAUUAUGUCAAUAAAUCUUACCAAUCAAGGAUGUGCU